UGGCUCCUUUUGCUGCUCCCUUCUUCUUCCUCCAUUCCGUUGUCCUUCCCUUCUUCAUCACUCGAGUCCUUUUCAGCGGCGAUUUCUCUUCUAGUUGCAUCGUUGUACACUUGUCUACUUGUCGGCGUCUUCUGUUUCGAUCGGCUUGGUCUUUGAUUCGGGAUCUUCGUAGUUGAUUGGAUCCGGAGUGCCUGCGUUUCUCGCCUCUGAUCUCGGAGUCGAGGGCUCUUGGGCGGUAAUUGGGGUUUCUUCUUGCAGUUCUUGGCUUUUGUUAGAAUGUCGGGAACAAGCUUGCAGGUGGGUCACCGGAAUGAGGAGCAUCGAUUCUACGAUGCCUCCACGGCCAGGAGAAACCGUCAUGGCCAUCACCACCGACAAUACCAACAGAGUUCUCAGAGAUAUACCGGCACUUCCUCUGGAUUUUCGCCCUUCUUUCAAUCUGUUCCCAUGGACAAGGCUGAAGUGACGAAAUCCAGCGUUCCCGAGCCGGAGAAACGAUCAGGAGAGGAAGAUGUGCCUAAGAAAAUCGUGACAAUGAAUGUUUCGUGUAUUAGUCCUUCUGCCGAUCGUCCUUGCAACUUGGAACGGUUUUUAAAGUCAACGACUCCAGUUGCCCCCGCUCAGUACCCUUCCAAGAUGAAGAUGGGAGGAUGUAUGCCCUCGGGUGGGGAGUCCAGGCCUUAUUUCGUUCUUGCGGACCUCUGGGAGUCGUUUGCGGAGUGGAGCGCCUAUGGUGCUGGUGUUCCUCUUGUUCUCAACAGCAGGACCAGCGUGAUCCAGUAUUACGUACCCUUCUUGUCAGGCAUCCAGUUAUAUAGUGCAUUGAACAAGUCGUCGACUGAUUUCAGGAGACCUGGUGAUGAGAGUGAUGGUGAUAGUUACCGGGAUUCAAGUAGUGAUUUAAGUAGUGACCAUGAACAUGAAAAGAGGCUCAGCUACUCAAAAGCAUGCGGUUCAGAGCAUGUUGAUGAAACCUUGCCCUUAGGGAUGGAUUGUCUUUGUUGGAGAGAGAAAUAUUGGAACCAACAAGAGGGAUCUUCAAGUGAUGAUGGGGAUUGUGGGCAUUCACAGCCUGAUUUGCUGUUUGAAUAUCUUGAACAGGACCCACCAUUUGUUCGUGAACCUUUAUUUGAUAAGAUCUCAGAUCUUGCCGGUCAUUUUCCUGCAUUAAAAUCUCUUAGAAGUUGUGAUCUACUUCCAUCUAGCUGGAUUUCAGUUGCAUGGUACCCUAUAUACAGAAUCCCUACAGGCCCUACACUGAAGGAUCUGGAUGCCUGCUUUCUGACAUUUCAUUCUCUUUCGCCUCCGAUGAAAGGUAAAGAAUGUCCUACGGCUUCUGUGCCACAAGGGGUGAAUGGUGUUGCUGUGGUCUCCCUUCCCACUUUUGGGCUUGCUUCCUACAAGUUCAGAGGAUCUAUUUGGACUCCCAACGGUGGGAGAGAGUUCCAAUUGGUGAAUUCCCUAGUGCAAGAAGCAGAAAAAUGGGUGCGACGUCUGAAUGUUGAUCACCCAGACUACUCUUUCUUCGCUUCACGUGGUGCCACCUGGAGAUAGAACUUGAUGACGUUGUGUUUUCCCUGAACUGCACAAUAAGCGAUAAGUUGCAUCAGAACUCAGGAGGGGAAAAGACUAAAACAAAGAGAGACGAGAAUAGAGGCUCUUUAUUUAUAACAAAAGAAAAGAGAGGAGAUCCGGCGGUGUGAAGGAGGAUGAACAUGUAGAAGUCCUGGUGACUUGAGGAAGAACCUUCUUUUUGUAUGCACAGUUUUUCGGAGGGCAUUUUUUUUUUUUUUUGUAAAUGUCCUGAUCAGUUUUAAGCCUCCCGGGCAUGUUGUGCAGGCUGCUUUGGUUGGUAGUUUUUGAGGGAGUGCGAAGGAGUGGACUAUGAACAUGUAGAAUUAUAUCGACUGGAGGAAGAACUUUCUGUUUUUGUAUGCACAGUUUUUUUGUAAGAGGGCAUGGUAAUGGUAUUCUUACUGAAGAAUUCUACAAUGA